UCUCUUCACCUCUCCGGUGACGGCAAUAAUAACAAGCGGACCGCGGAGCGCAGACAGACGUGGGUCUCCUCAUACCAGCACCCAUGCUCACCCAGUAGUGAAUGGUUACCGGGUAUCAGUCGAAGGUCGUGCCUCGCUUCCCGAGUGGUGGUUUGGCAACCCCGUGUGGAGCCGAAGGGUCGUCGCAAGGCACCCCCAACCCCCGUGGAAAGGCCCAUAACUAUAGUAGUCACUAGGCCUCACAGGCCACACCCUCACUUAGUAAAGUAACCAUACUUGGGACCUUUACCCAGAGCUGCUCUAGUGUAAUAGUCGCUGAAGGUGAUGAAGGACACAUAGAUGGCCUUGGCCAUUGGCUAUGUGGUGUGAUGGCUCUGGCGGCUCCAAGGCGGGGAGCCGGCCGAGGCACCUCCCUAGCCCCGAGCAGUAGCACAGUUUAUGUAUCCAAUCUGCCUUUCUCCCUCACCAACAAUGACCUCACAAAGAUAUUUGAAAAGUUCGGGAAAGUCGUCAGGGUAACAAUUCUGAGGGACAAGGAGACCCGCAAAAGCCGUGGUGUAGCGUUUCUGCUUUACCUGACCCGAGAGGAGGCCCAGACAUGUGUGGACAACACUGAUGGCUGCAUACUCUUUGGUCGCACAGUGAAGGCAAGCAUUGCCAAGGACAACGGCCGUGCUCCUGAGUUCAUUAGACGACGAGAAUAUCCUGACAAAUCAAGGUGCUACGAGUGUGGGGAAUUUGGCCAUCUGAGUUAUGCUUGCCCUAACAACUUACUAGGGGACCGAGAACCUCCAAAGAAGAAGUCAAAGAAGAGAAAGAAGGAAGCUGAGUCUAAAGCAAAUAAGUUCUGCAAGUCAGGGGACACAGAUGAAGAGGUAGAUGAAGAGGAAGAAAACUUCGAGGACGAAUCUCUGAGUGCAGCCAUUAGAUAUCAGCAAGAAUUACGAGAGGCAGAGACCUUCCAGGAGAGAAUCUCUGUUGGGCAUCACUUGAAGGAAACAGAGGAGAAGCAUAAGGCAAAGAUCAAGAAAUCUUCCUACUUCAGUGAUGAGGAAGAACUGAGUGACUGCUGAAGGCCAGCAGUUUCGGUGGACAGCUCGUGGAAGGUACAUUUAUUUUGUACACUCACAAUAAAGCAGAAACAGAA